GACGUCGGCGGUUGCCGUGGGGAGACCCGCUCGGUCCCGACCGAGAGCUGGUGUCAGGAGCCGCAGGGUCACAGCGUGGCUUUGAAGCCGCCUCCGCCACCACCAUGAGCGGCCGAAGUCGGGGUCGAAAGUCCUCCCGCGCCAAAAACCGGGGCAAAGGCCGCGCCAAAGCCCGAGUCCGCCCUACUCCGGACGACGCCCCGCGCGACCCGGACCCUUCACAGUACCAGAGUCUCGGGGAAGACACCCAGGCGGCACAGGUGCAGGCUGGCGCGGGGUGGGGUGGCCUGGAAACCGCUGCGUCCGCGCAGCUCCUCCGGCUCGGGGAGGAGGCCGCCUGCCGGCUCCCCCUGGACUGUGGCCUCGCGCUGCGGGCCCGAGCUGCGGGGGACCGCGGGCAGGCCGCGGGCAGGCCCGGCCCGGGGAAGGCCGCGUCUCUCUCGGAGCGCUUGGCCGCAGACACGGUCUUCGUGGGAACAGCGGGAACCGUUGGAAGGCCGAAAAAUGCCCCCCGCGUUGGAAACCGGCGUGGCCCUGCCGGGAAGAAGGCCCCGGAAACCUGUAGCACCGCGGGGAGGGGGCCUCAGGUCAUAGCUGGUGGGAGGCAGAAGAAAGGGGCGGCAGGGGAGAAUCUCUCGGUCUCAGCUGGGGAGGAAAAGAAGGAAGAGAGGGAUGCAGGGUCGGGGCCCCCAGCGACGGAAGGCAGCAUGGAUACGCUGGAGAACGUGCAGCUGAAGCUGGAGAACAUGAACGCCCAGGCGGACAGGGCCUACCUUCGGCUCUCCAGGAAGUUUGGGCAGUUGCGACUGCAGCACUUGGAGCGCAGGAACCACCUCAUCCAAAAUAUCCCGGGCUUCUGGGGGCAAGCAUUUCAGAACCACCCCCAGCUAGCAUCCUUUCUGAACAGCCAAGAGAAAGAGGUACUGAGCUAUUUAAACAGCUUGGAAGUGGAAGAGCUUGGCCUUGCCAGAUUGGGCUACAAAAUCAAGUUCUACUUCGAUCGCAACCCAUAUUUCCAAAAUAAGGUGCUCAUCAAGGAAUAUGGGUGUGGUCCUUCUGGCCAGGUGGUGUCUCGUUCUACUCCAAUCCAGUGGCUCCCAGGGCAUGAUCUCCAGUCCCUAAGCCAGGGAAACCCAGAAAACAACCGUAGCUUCUUUGGGUGGUUUUCAAACCACAGCUCCAUUGAGUCUGACAAGAUUGUGGAGAUAAUCAACGAAGAAUUGUGGCCCAAUCCCUUGCAGUUCUACCUUUUGAGUGAAGGGGCUCGUGUAGAGAAAGGAAAGGAAAAAGAAGGCAGGCAAGGUCCAGGAAAGCAGCCAGUGGAGACUGCUCAGCCUGGGGUGAGCCAAUCCAACUGAUCCUGCACAAGUCUCCCUGCUACCUCCUGCUGGGCUGCUCCUGGUUGACUACAUAUUUGGCUCUCUGCCUUCUCUUCAUGUUGGCCUCUGUGUACUAUAGACCCUUUGGACUUUAGUUACAAGAAUAUGGCAUUGAUGAUCAUGUUCUUUUGCCUCCCAUAGCCUCUUGCUUUUCUACGUUAGUGUCACAUGUUAUGUGAUCGCACCCGGACUGUUCAUAUGUUAAGCACACAUACCUUAGAUGUGUGCUGCCUGUUAUCUACGUUGCCUGGACCUUGUUUUUGGUUCUGGCCUUUCCUGCUUGUCUUUAACAUGGACACUCAUGAGUCAUCCUCCAGGACGACCUGUGCAUCCUCAAGCUCUGCUCCUUCAGGGCCAGUGACUUGCUGGGCUUCGUGUUGGUGCUGGCCAUGCAUGUCAUCUAUGCAAGCAUUUCCAUUGCCACUGCAGAAUGAAGCCAGUGCACAUGGUAUUAGUCAUCAGCCAGAACUUCCUGUUCUGUGGGUCUGGGGUCACCAGCUAAGAUGUCAUCUGCUUUAUUUCUGGCUUUGGCCUGUGGUCCAUGAUACCCAUCCUGCUUGAUGUUCUGCAGAAUGGCACUUGACUUCUGGGCAUGCAUGAAGUUAAGGGCAAGAAACAGUAUGCCAUGUGUUCUGUAUCAUCGUGUGUCUCUUCUUGCUUCUGGGCCCUUCUACUGGUGAACUUUCAUCAAGAUCUGCGCCAUGCCGUGUCACUAUCAAGCCAUUAAGUUUUGUCUGGGUUGCUCUCAGCCCCAGUUGGCUUCCUGGUCAACAAGGACCUCAAGAACUGCCUGUGGACCGAGGCCCCCUACCAGUGCAUGAGACACACACCUACCCUCCCAGCUUUCCAGGAACCCUACUGGCUGCCAGACUGAUGGGCGGGCUGGUAUGUGUGGACAUGUGUUCACUGCCAUUAUGCUGUGGCUCCAGCUGGGGAGGUAGCUGAGAACUUGGCACUGUGCACACAUACUACGUUGAAAGAGAGUUGAGGAAACCAGAAGGCCAAGUGGAUCUGCUGGCAAUCCCUGAACCUGUCUCCUGGGCUUGCUCUACAGUUCUGAAGUUGAAAAUCCUUUUCAUGCCUAGCAUCUGCUUGAGUUAUAAACCCCAAGGCAGCCAUGUCAUAAACUAGUGUUUACUCUUGUUUUGACUUUGUUUUAAUGCUCCCUAAGACCCAAGUGCCUCCUGCUGUUUCCUCCUUUGUGGUAGCCUCUGGCUAUCUGGACCUCAAUCCCCAGCUUUCCCACUUUCAGCAGUCCUUUGCUGUCUUUGCUUCUACCUCAAAUAGCCCCAGGAGUGGGCUUUAGUCUCCAAUAUGGAGCAUCUCAAGCUUCUCCUGGGGGAUGGGGAUUGGGAUGGGCAGAAUCUGUUUUGGAUCUCCGGGUUAUUUCCAGUGGGUAUAAAAGCGGAGCUGGGCCUUUCCCUCUCUUAUCCCUGAGGGUGGGUAAGAAGGGCUGUAUCUACACCUGUUCUUCCCUACCUUCUCUUUUGUUAGGGAGGCCUCAUUCUAAGUUCCUCAAGAGAGUCAUUGACUUAAAGUUGUAGCAAGGUGUGCUAGGCGGGGGAUUUGGAGCAAAACUGUCAAGUAGGUAUGAUACUGGUACGGAGUGGGCCUGGAAAAUCAGACAGAAAUGGCUUGAGAAGCUGCAGGGGGAGCAUGCCUGUCUCUCAGUGAUAGAGUAUGGGAGGGACCUCCUUAGCUUGGAAAAGGAGAAUUGAAGGGGUUAUGAACAAAUAGGAUGCCUAGUUGAGGAUGUUCCCAAAGUUUUGUCCAAUCUUAUCAUUAGUAGAUUUUAUAAGCCACAGAGACAAACCAGAAACAGAAUAAUGUUACUUUGGAUGCUUUAUUUUUUUGUUCUAGUUGUGGCUUUGUACAUGCAGAAGAAUGCUAUAUGCUGCACAUUUUGCCUUUAAAGUCUUACCACUUUCCCCAUUUUAGUCUAAUGGGAAGACAGCUGUGCAAGUCUGCUUUUUUGUUUUUUGUUAUUUUUUUUUGCUCUUUAUUAUGGACAUUUUCAGACAUACACAGCAGUGGAGAGGAUGGUCCUUGGACCCCAUGUGUCCAUCACCUAGCUGCAUCACUUACCAGUUAUGGUCAACCUGGUUUCAUCUGUAUCUCCCUCUUUUCACCUGUAUUGUUUAUUGAAAAUCCAAGACACUAUGCCAAUGCAACCGUGACUACUUUGGGAGAUUGGUAGUCUCUUUUGAUGGUGAUAGUGAUGGGGUGCGCUAUCACAAUCACAUCAGGUCUGCUUUUUGCUUUUAACGUUAACUAGUGAAGUUCCAGAGAUGGGCCUUAGAAAUGUGUUUUAAGAAUUAACAAGGAGUCUCAAAAAGAAAUAAGAGGGAUGCUUCCUUUCCCUUGCAUCCACGAAACAAGAGACUGUUCUGUUGUAAAACUCUUUCAAAAAUUCUGAUAUAAUAAGGUACUUGAGACCCUUCACCAGAAUGUCAAUCUUUUUUUUCUGUGUAACAUGGAAACUUGUGUGACCAUUAGCAUUGUUAUCAGCUUGUAUUGGUCUCAUAACUCUGGUUUUGGAAGAAUAAUUUGGAAAUUGUUGCUGUGUUCUGUGAAAAUAACCUCCCCAAAAUAAUUAGUAACUGGCUGUUGUACUUGGUAAUUUGACACCUUGUUAAAACGCAAUUAUUUCUGUGUUCUUAAACAGUAUAAAUAGUUGUAAGUUUGCAUGCAUGAUGGAAAAAUAAAAACCUGUAUCUCUGUUA